AUGGCGGCUUCUGACGCUGCCUACCAGCGCCGCAACCGCGUUCUUGCGGAGUCGAGCAAGCGCCUGAGCUCCCUGAGCAAGCCCGAGUACGACGACGACGAGGACACGCAGCCGCGCUCGUCGUUUCUGAAGGAAGUCAUACUGUCUUCGCCAAGAGCUGAGGUGGAGGGCGCCGCGAAGGCCGUCGAGCCCAAGGUGACGCCGCUUGACCUGGCUAGCACCCGUUGCAUUGCGGUGUGCAACUUGCUGAGCUACGUGCUGAGUUUCUCCGUGGGAUGCUACGCGUGUCACGUGCUUCACCCUUCGCGGGUGGACGUUUACUGCCCUGCAUUCGUCCGCGGGGUGUUUUCGCUCAUAGACAUGCUUGGCGCCGCCCGCGUCAUCCACAUGGCGAUUUCCGCGUGGGUCUCCGCGCCCGAGGGGAUGCAGCGCACCACCGUGAAGGUGCUGACGUACGGCUCGGUGGCUCUGAACCUGUACCCGCUGUGGGCGUCGAUGCGCAAGGGGGGCUCCAGCAGCGAGGCGGAGAGCAACAAGUCGAAGGAUGACGCGGAGUCGUCUGAUGACGAAGGUUCCGAGAGCUCGGAUGAAGGCAACGGUGGCAACUUCCUCGCUGACUUCGACGAGGAGAACCUGGCGAAGAUUGCGAUGUUCGUGAUUCGCUCGGGUGCGGCCUGUCUGGUGUUCGGCUUAUUGGGCUACGACGUCCUCUACAACAUGCCAAUCAUUCUGCAAUACGUUCACUGA